GACUAUAUAUUCAGCAGUAAAAGUAAGCAAAAGUAUCACUAACAAUUAUAUUUGUGUUUCAUAUUCUCUCUACUAUGGCCUCUGCAUUUAUUCUGAAUUCUCCAUUAGUCACCUGCUGCAACUUCAGAAGAUCCCUCCCAUGCAAACCUAAAUUUUUGACACUAAGCAAGUCAGUUGUCGAAUUCGUCACCGGAAACGAGGGAUCUGUGUCACCAGAGCCUAUCAGGAGGCGAUCAGGAAAUUAUAAACCUUGCAUGUGGGACAACAAUUUCUUGCAGUCUUUGAAAACCAACUACACGGGUGAACCAAUCAAUGCACGAGCUUCUAUGUUGAAAGAAGAGGUACGUUUGAUGUUCGAUGAUGCUGUUGAGCCGCUAGAUCAACUCGAGCUGAUCGAUCUCUUGCAAAGACUUGGGCUAGCUUAUCAUUAUGAGGAAGAAAUACAGCGCACCUUGAAGAAGAUUCAGAAUGGUGAGAUUAAUGUUGACGAUCGGGAAAAGGACUUGCAUGCUACUGCUCUGGAAUUUAGGCUUUUUAGACAACAUGGAUUAUUUAUAUCCCCAGAGGGUUUCAAGCAAUUCAUGUCAAAUGGGAACUUCAUGUGUUCCGGUGCAGAUAUCAAAGGAAUGUUGAGUUUGUAUGAGGCCUCGUACUUCUCCAUCGAAGGAGAGACAUUAAUGGAGGCUGCUUGGUGCUUCACGAACAAAUCACUUAGAGAGAGUUUUCAUAAUGUUACUGACGUCGAUGUUCAGAUUCAAGUUAGACAUGCUUUAGAGCUUCCGCUUCAGUGGAGGAUCGCAGGUUAUGAUGCAAGAUGGAAUAUAGAUCUCUAUGAAAGAAGUAGUGACAUGAUCCCAGCAGUUUUAGAAUUUGCAAAACUGGACUUCAACAUUAGACAAGGAUGUAACCAGAAGGAGCUGAAGGAUUUGUCCAGGUGGUGGUGUACAUUGGGGAUGGCAGAGAUACUUCCCUUCGCCAGAGAUAGGUUGGUGGCCUCAUACAUAUGGAGUUUGGGGGUUUCAAGCCGGCCUCAGGACGGGUAUUGCAGAGUACAAUUAACUAAGUUAAUUGAACUGAUCGGUGUAUAUGACGACGUUUAUGAUGUCUACGGUACUCUGGAUGAACUUGAAUUGUUCGCAGAUGUCGUAAAGAGAUGGGAUGUAUCUGCAAUUAAAGAGCUUCCUAACUAUAUGAAGAUUUGCUUCCUGUCCUUUUACAACUUUGUUCAUGAAACGUCUUUCGACAUCCUCAAGAAACAGAACACUGAAAUUUUACCACACCAAAGAAAAUGGUGGACCGACUUGUUCAAGCAUCAGCUAGUUGAAUCGCGUUGGUACCAUGGGGGACACCGGCCAACAAUGAGAGAGUACUUGAGCAAUGGACUUGUGACCAUAGGAGGCCCCAUUGGAGUGCUUUACUCCUACAUCUGCACAGCGGAUCGGAUUGAAAAAGAAGAGAUAGAGUUUAUAGAAGGCCUUCCAGAUAUUGUACGCUUAGCAUGUGAAAUCCUUCGAUUGGCCGAUGAUUAUGGAACUUCCUCGGCAGAGUUAAAAAGAGGAGAUGUUCCGUCAUCAAUACAGUGCUACAUGUCUGAUAAUGGUGUUUCGGAAGAUGUUGCCCGGGAGCAAAUGAUGGAUUUGAUGAGGAAGAAAUGGACCCAAUUAAACAAAUGUCGAUUUUCGGACAAUCAAAAUCCUUUGUCUUGGCAUUUUGUAGAUAUUAUGCUAAAUCUAGUCAGGGCAGCUCACUGCAUGUAUAAUGCUGGAGAAGAUGGCUAUGCUGAUGAAGAUGGUAUAAGCAGAGAUACUUUCUUUUCCCUUCUUGUUGAGCCUAUAUGAAUGUUCUUUCUCUGCUCCUGCUUGCGUUUAUAGUAAGGUGCCUGCAGGUAGCACCAAGGUUACGGUUGUAGUGAAUGAUAACUGGUUUGGGAUUUUAGCUCAAUAUGUUCAAGAUGAGUUUGAGAUUGUUUAAUUAACCAUAAGGUUGUCUGAUUUAA